UUACCUUAGAUUAUUAUGAUCAUCUUAUCCAUAGCAACAAAUAAGAUACACGGGUCUCGAUUGAAUGCCAAUGCUGCAGUUCAAUCUAGGAAGCUCCAUUUUCAGUCCGGGAGCACACAUUACUCUGCGUACAAAACGAUUGAACACCAGAUUGCAAUUCAGUAUCUGCAGAUGAAAUGGCCGCUGCUCGAUGUCCAGGCAGGCACGCUCCAGAGCAGACAAGCCCUCAAGGAUGCACGCUCUCCGUCGCCGGCGCACAUUGUUUGUCCCCUCCCUUGCUGCACUCAGGGCCACGACUGUCAGCACCUCUACCCCCCCUCAGACUUCACUGUCAGCACUCAAGUCUUCAGGGACAUGAGGAGGAGCCACUCCUUACAAAAGGUUGGGGAGCCCUGGUGUUUGGAGUCGAACAAAGUGCCCGUGGUGCAGCACCCUCACCAUGUCCACCCUCUCACGCCUCUUAUCACAUACAGCAACGAACACUUCACCCCGGGAAACCCGCCUCCACACUUACCAGCUGACGUAGACCCCAAAACAGGAAUCCCACGGCCUCCGCACCCUCCAGAUAUAUCUCCGUAUUAUCCACUAUCUCCCGGCACCGUAGGACAAAUCCCCCAUCCGCUAGGAUGGUUAGUACCACAGCAAGGCCAGCCAGUGUACCCAAUCACGACAGGAGGAUUCCGCCACCCCUACCCCACAGCUCUGACUGUCAACGCUUCCAUGUCCAGCUUUCUGUCUUCUAGGUUCCCUCCCCACAUGGUCCCACCACAUCACACUCUCCACACGACCGGCAUCCCCCACCCAGCCAUCGUCACGCCAACAGUCAAGCAGGAAUCCUCCCAGAGUGACGUCGGCUCGCUCCACAGCUCAAAGCAUCAGGACUCCAAAAAGGAAGAGGAAAAGAAGAAGCCCCACAUAAAGAAACCUCUCAACGCGUUCAUGUUGUAUAUGAAGGAAAUGAGAGCGAAGGUCGUCGCCGAGUGCACGUUGAAAGAGAGCGCGGCCAUCAACCAGAUCCUGGGGCGAAGGUGGCACGCGUUGUCGAGAGAGGAGCAAGCAAAAUACUACGAGCUGGCGCGGAAGGAGCGGCAGCUCCACAUGCAGCUGUACCCCGGCUGGUCCGCACGGGAUAACUAUGGGAAGAAGAAGAAGAGGAAAAGGGACAAGCAGCCCGGGGAGACCAAUGAACACAGCGAAUGUUUCCUAAAUCCUUGCCUUUCACUUCCUCCGAUUACAGACCUGAGCGCUCCUAAGAAAUGCCGAGCGCGCUUUGGCCUUGAUCAACAGAAUAACUGGUGCGGCCCUUGCAGGAGAAAAAAAAAGUGCGUUCGCUACAUACAAGGUGAAGGCAGCUGCCUCAGUCCACCCUCUUCAGAUGGAAGCUUACUAGACUCGCCUCCUCCCUCCCCCAACCUGCUAGGCUCCCCUCCCCAAGACGCCAAGUCGCAGACUGAGCAGACGCAGCCUCUCUCGCUGUCCCUGAAGCCCGACCCCCUGGCCCACCUGUCCAUGAUGCCUCCGCCGCCCGCCCUCCUGCUUGCCGAGGCCGCCCAUGGCAAGGCCCCUGCCCUCUGUCCCAACGGGGCCCUGGACCUGCCUCCCGCCGCUUUGCAGCCGCCCAUCCUGCCCUCGUCAUCUAUUGCACAGCCGUCGACAUCUUCCUUACAUUCCCACAGCUCUCUGGCCGGGACCCAGCCCCAGCCGCUCUCCCUGGUAACCAAGUCUUUAGAAUAGCUUUAGCUUCGUGAGCCCCGCUUGUUUUGUGUAGUGUUUCAUUUUGCUUUUCUUCAUUUCCUCCCCCCUUUUUGGAAGGUUUUGUUUUGUACUCUUAAUUUUGUGCCACGUGGCUACAUUAGUUAAUGUUUAUCGAGUUCAUUGGUCAAUAUUUGACCCAUUCUUAUUUCAGUGUCUCCUUUUAAAUAUGUAGAUGAGAGAAGAACCUCAUGAUUCUACCAAAAUUUUUAUCAACAGCUGUUUAAAGUCUUUGUAGCGUUUAAAAAUAUAUAUAUAUAUACAUAACUGUUAUGUAGUUGGGAUAGCUUAGUUUUAAAAGACUGAUUAAAAAGCAAAAAGGAAAAAAAAAAAAGAAGCAAUUUGGAAGCAGCCCUCCAGAAGGAGUUGGUUCUGUAUUAUUUGUAUUAAAUACGAGCUUGCGAACCAAUCAUUUUACAUCUGGUUUUUAAACCACCAGGGCACGACGAAUGCAGUGCCGUGAGUUUUUUUUCUUCUUCCGUGUGAAACAACUUUUAUUGUGAUGUUACUUGUUAUUGUUUAAAUGUACAGAAACAAAGGGUUAAAAUGUGUUAAUAUACCUUGUUCCAUGGUGUUGUUCUUUUGGGGGGGGAGGGGAUGCUACUCAACACUUAAUGGCAUCACAGCGCUGUUGGACCAGUAGUAUUUAUUGCUUUAGAGAUUGCUCGUCGAACCCGUACGUCGUCCCUUUUAAAAUAUGUUUUCCUUUUUUCUUGAAACUGUGUAAAGUCUUUUUUCCCCCUUAGCAUCAGCAUCUUAUAUAUAACAACUCAUUUGUACAAGGUUUUUAAGUUUAUAUAUAAAAUGUGUAUAUAUAUUUUUUUGUUUGUUUCCAUUUUCGACUUUUUUUUUUCUGUAUGAAACCCAGAUGCCGCCAAAUGGACAUGAAUAGUUGCAUUAAAGGAUCAGUAGCAUUAACAAAAGUUGUUUUAAAAGCCAUUAUGUGAAACAAGACUUGAAAAUUAGCGAGGGAAUUUUAGCGACGCUGUUUGAGCAACGACGGGAACGUCCCUGUGUCCUCUUUGAACUCACAGUCGAAUGCCCUGCACCCCGAGGAUGUGGACUGACUGCGGAACUUUAUGUGCCAAAAUUCUCAGUGACUUUAGCUUUCUCCCUCUUUUCAAUGCUGUAAUUUCCGUUCACCAUGUUUUGCUGUGAUGUUACAUAGGUAGAUCUGUGUGUAGUUUUAAUGUCACCUAUAACAAGAUGUGUUUGGUAGCAGAUUGUCCAGAAAAGCAUUUUAAAUGAAGAGGUAUAAACCCUUAAGGGCCAAAAUUCUGUAUAUUAGAUUACUCUUAAAGGAGAAACCAGCUACCACUUCUAUGUACCCGUACGACAUACGAGUAGGUAGCGAACUUUAAAAAUAAACAAAACCUAGGCAUGUUGAUGUUGCAAAAUGCUGUAUAAAGCUGAAACCUGUUCAUUCACAGUGCCAUUGUAGUUGACAUGAAGCGAUUGUAAAACUGUCUCCGAUUUUUCUCUGGUUUAUUAAGAUGCUAACGAUAACAUUUUUUUGUGUGUGAAUACUUUGAAUGUUUCCUAACAGUUGUGAUGUUACUGUUCCGUUUUAUGCUCUUAUUCCAAUUUCAUUUCUAAUGGUUUGGAAGCCAUUUUUGUAAUGAAUAAAUGUUCAUGCUGUACAGUAUCUGUAGCAUGCCGUGCUGGGUUAAUAAAAGCAACUUAGUGUGUGCAGAUGAAGGCU